AAAAUGUUUUAUAUUGUUACAUUAUUUUGUGUCUUCUCAGUCUUGAUCGUCACCGUCAACUGUUUGAGUGUCAAACUGGCAAGCUAUGUGCAGAACUUCUUCACAGCAGCCAAACUUUUCAUCAUUCUUGUCAUAGUGGGAGCUGGCAUUGUUGUGAUGGCACAGGGAAAAACUGAGACUUUGUCAAAUGCAUUUGAUGGCACAUCAUCGUCUGUUGGAGCAAUCGGACUUGCAUUUUAUAAUGGGCUUUGGGCUUAUGAUGGAUGGAAUCAACUUAAUUGUAUUACAGAAGAGCUGAAAGACCCAUUCAGGAACUUGCCCCUUGCCAUCCUCAUCGGGAUCCCUUUGGUAUCUGUGUGCUAUGUGUUGGUCAACGUUGCUUACUUUACUGUUAUGACCACCACUGAGCUGCUGUUGUCUCCAGCUGUUGCUGUGACUUUUGGAGACAGAGUCCUUUACCCUCUGUCUUGGAUCGUUCCCCUCUUUGUUGUCUUCUCUACGUUCGGCUCUGCCAAUGGAAGCUGCUUCACUGCUGGCAGACUGGCCUAUGUAUCUGGUAGAGAGGGUCACCUGGUGAAAAUCUUAUCCUAUAUAAGUCUGAAGCACUACACUCCUUCCCCUGCUCUCAUAUUCAAUGGUGUUCUGUCUCUUUUCUACAUUAUCCCAGCAGAUAUCAACACCCUUAUUAACUACUUCAGCUUUGCUCAGUGGGUGUUUUAUGGUCUGACAGCUCUGGCUCUCAUAGUCAUGCGUUUCACCAGGAGGGAGCUCAAUAGACCAGUAAAGGUACCGAUUGUCAUACCAUGCCUAAUGGUCCUGGUGUCCUGCUACUUAGUCCUGGCUCCCAUCAUUGAUAAGCCAGAGCUGGAGUACCUCUACUGUACUAUCUUCAUCUUCAGUGGACUUCUCCUCUACUACCCUUUCAUCCACCGGAAGGUCAACUGGGCACGCAAACUCAUGAGGCCCAUCACCAUGCAUCUCCAGCUGCUGAUGGAAGUAGUUCCUCCUGAGAAAAUUGAAUGAGAAGGGACACAAUUGACAACCAGGUCAACUGCUGCUUGCCGUGAAACACGUCAAGCCUGGUUUUGGAAACAGUGGGCUAGAAAUUUGGUGCCCAGAGUGGGUCAGAGCCAAACAUCAGAGCCCACCUCUGUAGCUGUAUUACGAAAGUAAAAGGGGCUGCGUUGUGUUUAUGAACCCGUGUAUAAGGACAAAAGAUGUAAUCAUUUGUCAUUUGGGUUCAGGGAUGAAAAAAGAGGAUUCAUGUUUCUAGAGUAUAGGAAAGCCUCUGCUGUAAUUAAAAUGUACUUUGACAUAUAAAUAAAGGCGUAGAAGAGCUGGAUUGACCAUAUUCUCAUGAUGUCUUUCCCCUCAUGAAUAAAUAAAUCACUUACAAAAACCUUCCUGCUGUGAUGGUUAAGCUACAACUAAAGGAUGCUAGGUAGUAUUUUAACGUGCCAGCACUUAGGAAACAUUAACCAAUCAUAUUAAACAUUUCUUUAUGUAGUUAAUGUGCAAUAAUGUUUUUACUGGGCCAAAGAUCAUAUGACUAAGAGCUACUAGAGGAUUAAGAUAUGCAUGAAUCUGAAUUUGAGCAAAGGGAGCAAGGGAAAUGCUAAACAUUGUAAAUGCAUUGCGGGGACAACAUGAAGGCUCAGCAGAUCAUGCAACAAGAUGCAGAAACGUGUGUUUUUUUUCCACAUAAGAGUUUCUUGAAUGAUGUAUGCGCAUUAUUUAGUAGACUAAUGCUCUCACUCCUGUCUUUCACACUGGAUUAUAUUGGAACAGUGCUGCAUUGUGUUGGCUGGUGGUUAUUAAAUGUAUUGAUCUU